AUGUUCUACACUCAUGUGCUUAUGAGUAAGCGAGGGCCAUUGGCCAAAAUAUGGCUUGCUGCCCACUGGGAGAAGAAACUCACAAAGGCCCAUAUAUUUGAAUGUAAUCUUGAGAUAACCAUUGAAAAAAUCCUCUCACCUAAGGUGAAAAUUGCACUUCGAACAUCAGGACACCUCCUCUUGGGAGUCGUUCGAAUCUAUAAUAGAAAGGCAAAAUAUCUUUUGGCAGAUUGCAGUGAAGCUCUUCUUAAAAUGAAGAUGACAUUUCGCCCAGGACUGGUUGACCUCCCCAAAGAGAAUUUUGAAGCCGCUUACAAUGCUAUUACAUUGCCAGAAGAAUUUCAUGAUUUUGACAAUCAGAAUGUGAAUGCUAUUGAUGGUUUAGAACACUUUGCUCAGAACCAAAGUAAACCUGAAGAAAUCACACUUAGAGAAGAUUAUAGUAAUGAUCUACUUUUCCAAGCUGGGAGCUUUGGGGAGGAAUCUGAAAUCCUCAGAAGACAUAGCUUCUUUGAUGACAACAUCUUGCUGAAUUCCAGUGGUCCUUUAGUUGAACAUAGUUCUGGAAGUUUCAUUGGAGAAAAAUCUCUGUUAUAUGACAGUGGGGAUGGAUUUGGAGAUGAAGGGGCUGCAGGAGAAAUGAUUGACAAUCUGUUGCAAGAUGACCAGGAUAUUCUACUAGAAGACAUUCAUUUGAACAGAGAAAUUUCCCUGCCUUCUGAACCAUUUCAUUCUAGAGUGGUAGAACCAGAUAAUUCAGAAUCUAUACGUCUACUUGAACAAGAAAGCGUGGAUAACACCCCAGUGUCAAAUGAAGAGGAAGGAUUUACCCUUGAAUCAAUUGAUGUUGCAGACAUUGCUGAGAAAAGGAAAAUCAAAAAGAGAAAACUGCUCAUAGAUCCAGUCAAGGAGAUCAGUAGCAAAAUUAUGCACAAACAGCUUACUUCCUUUAUGGACACACUCAUGGUUUUGGAACUUGCACCUCCUACCCAAAGACUGAUGAUGUGGAAGAAGAAUGGGGGAGUGGAUACACUUCUGUCAACUGCUGCCCAAGAUCUGACUCAUGCUGAAUUGAAAAUGUUGUUUACAAAAUGCUUUCUGUCCUCUGACUUUAAACUUGGAAGAAAACUAAUACAGAAGGAAACAGUAAGGAAGGAAACAAGAAAUGAAAACAUAGUAGAGACCUCCAUGGUAGAAGAACCAAAUUUCCAACGAGAGCUAAAUCGAUCCAAAACUUGGAAGGAAGUAACUGAUGGAUCUUAUUGCGGUUCUCAUGAGGAUAUCAAUGAGAAUGUUAUCUCUGAGCUGGAUAUUGCUGAAAUGGUUUCUUCAGCUGCUGAGGAAUCCUUUUUAAUGAAUGUGUUGACACAAGAAACUGAAAAUUGUCCAGUUGAAAUGGAACUGUUGGAUAAUGAACAAAAUGCUGAGGCAGAGAAAUGGAAUCGAAGAACACUUCAGUUGUUAAAUAGAUUGAGGGAAUCCAACAAUAGGGGAAUGCAAUGCUUUAGUCUGAUGAAGCUCUGCAGAAAUUGUGACCGAAAACAUACAGCUGCCAAAUUUUACAGCUUCCUUGUCCUAAAAAAACAGCUAGCUAUUGAGCUGAAUCAGAGUGCUCCUUAUGCAGAUAUCAUAGCUACAGUGGGACCAAUGUUUCAUAACAUAUGAAAGAAAUUUGCAACAUGUAUAUGUAUAUCAUUAUUGGAAUUUCUGUGUAGAUUAUUCAGUUUACCAAAGAAGCAAGUGAAAAUAUGAUCAGUUUCAUAGCCCAACAUCUGUUUUACCUUUUUUGUAAUAAGCUCAGGAUAACCAUAACCAGAAUUGGGAAACUAUUUGCUUAUAGAAGUACCUAACUAUAGAUAAUUAUUUUUUUUAAUUCAGCUGAUCUGAAUAUAUAGUGUCUACGAUUUCCCUGGCUUCAAUGUAGCAUUUAGAAUAUGUAUUUUAAACACUAUUUGCCUUCAAGAAAAUAUCCAAGCAUAAUUUUCAAAUGGCUACUUUUCAUUAAAUUAUUUACUAAAAUUUUAUGUGAUUGGUUAAUAAUACAGUCUAUUUUCCCACAAACAGUAAUUUGAGUCUAAUGCAUAUUAUAUUUGAUUGAACCUAAUGCCAUACUUUCAAUAUAGUAUCUUAAUUGAAGAGUUGUAAAAUUCUGUCCUUCAAAUUGCCAAGGUGACUUUUUAUCUGUUUGUAGGUUAUUUAAACCAUUUUAUUAACUAUUUAAUGAGUACUACAGCCGCAAUUUGUGUGUCCACAAAUGAAAUUUGUUUCUGAUGUUAAAAAAAAAUGUGGCACUUUUUCAGCAUAUUG